AUGAGGGCUUGGAUCGUAUUGUCCCUUGGUAUGGCUGUUACGUGCCUUCCAGGGGUCAGCCCUUAUAGGUCUAUGGAACCAGAGGAUAGUUAUGAAUGUUUAGGAUGCCGUCUAUUUAACAUUAACGAGAAGGAUAGAAGCCACAAUAGAAGAGCGGUACAAGAAUGUCCUCGGAAAUGUUCCUGUCCAUCUAAUCCUCCAGUCUGUAACGACGGUAUCCAAACCAUUCUUGACGGAUGUGGAUGUUGUUAUAUGUGCGCUCGACAACAUGGUGAUAUGUGUAGUAAGAAGGACAGAUGUGAUGAACAACAAGGUCUUUACUGUGAUAAUGAAGGCAUUUGUAGAGCUUUGGAACCAAAGACAUGUUUUGUAAAUGGGCGGGAAUACAAAGACGGCGAAAAAUUCAAACCAGAUUGUCGGCGAUUAUGCACAUGCCAGAACGGCAAGUACGGCUGUGUUAACCUUUGCCCCCAGGAAGACUUCCGGCCCUCUACUGAGCACUGUCCAAACUCACGUCUUACCGAGGUUAGGGGUAUGUGUUGUAAAGAAUGGACAUGCUACCAGGAGCAGACCAUCAAAUCACCUCGACAUGCUGCAUUGCAGAGCGCUAACCUAGUCCUACCAAACGACAAACAACAAACGGGGUCGAACACGCCUGCUACAACACCUUAUCCAGAAUGCAGAGAUCAAGAUAGAAAUUGGAGCCCGUGCUCAGUGACCUGUGGUGUAGGAACGUCUACACGUGCCUGUGGAAGAGAUCUCCAGACCCGCUUGUGUUACCUCCGGCCGUGUGGGAUGAAUGUCACAACAUUGGGAAGGAGCAAAUGUACACCCACAACACGUACAAAACACAGACGACAUAUUGAUUACCAAUCCUCCGGACAAAACUGUACCAGCACCAAGCCGUUCCGGAUGAAGUUUUGCACCACCUGCAGAGAUAACCGCUGUUGCUACCCUAGAAGACAACAGACUCGAGAUAUUGAGUUCCGAUGUGACGGAGGAAAACAUACCUACUUAAAGUUUGCAUGGAUCAAAAGAUGUAUGUGCAGCCGGAAGUGUCAGAGGAGAAGAAGAAAUGGAGUUUAA